AGAGAGAGAGAGAGAGAGAGAGAGGUGGAGGCAGCCGGAGGGGCCUAUCGUUAUCGGCCACCGCCACCGCCGCCGCUUCUUCCAGCAGUCGUGGAGAACGCGAGGCAUGGACUGCACCAUCACUCCGGCUCAAGAACCCGCGCCAGGCACAGUAGACCCGAUGAUGCAGCCGUUCGUCAGAGAGCCUUCGCAACCAGAGGCGGCCAACGCCCCCACCACCCUCGGUGGCAACACUCUGGGACUCGUUCGCCUCCAAUCCAGCCUCAGCAUCGUGGUUGACGACGUCGACGAGGUGGAGUCCUCGCUAAGCACGCCGGGCCUGGACGGGCCCGACUCCCCGCGGCACCGUCAGCUGGCCCGCAACCUGUCCGCGGCGUCACUCACUUCGCCGGACGAGUCAAUGGACCAGCCAUGCACGGAGCCAUCGUCGCCGGGUCUGCACGCCGGCACCAACCUCACAAAACAGAAGUCCUACGAACGCCUUCAACAGAUCAUGGACGAGGUUGAGAACCGAAAGAGCGAGUUCGCGCGUCUGCUGGAGGAGCACGCCCAGGUGGUGGCCCGACUGAAGGCCAUCGAAACGUCAGGCCGGGCGGCGGCCAUUCUGCCCCAAGAGAGUGCGGCCAUGUAGGCCACCUGUGUCAAGGACAAUACGUCAAUAAGUAUAUAGCCUCUUGCUGCUGAACAUCAAUAUAUGAAGGUUUAACUUUUACAAACGCGGUUUCAGCCAGGGUACAAUUUCUACGGCAACUGUCAAACCCCUGGUCACAACAUUCCAAUGGGAAAUUUAAUAAUACUGUCUUAUAAAAUAUAAAAGUUAAGCCUCAAUAUGUACGGGACCCGAUAGAAGUAAGGAGGAUAAAAGCAGUUGUUGACUUUCAAAACGCAAAACAUUAGCCAAGCGUUGACACACGUAAAACCCAAAGAGUUUUGGGUCAAUAAUUGAGAAAAGCGCGAUUUUGUGGCAACUAGAAUGACACCGCUUUGAAGCAGCGAAAAAGGAACACAUUUUGUAAAAAAAGAAAAAUCUCAAUUAAAAUGUAGCGCGCCUGUAUUUUGGUAAAUGUGCUUAGGUUUUGAUAAUGUUGCAUUCAAUCGAAAUCAUGUGACUAUAAAAAGGUUGUUCCCAGAAAUUUGAGAAAAAAACUUGUGCCAUGCCAAAGCAGGGUUAGGAUGUAAUAUUUUAGCUAACAAUAUAUACAAAUAGGCAAACUUGGACUUGCACUACGCUGAUUGAAUUAGUCUUCAUCAGGAUUUGUCAAAAUUACUUGUUCAACAUGUAAGAUUUUAGCUCAGGACCAAGAUGAAAAAUCAAUUUAAUUCUGAACAAAUUCCACUCAAGACUUUUCACAGUUUUGCAAAAUUUAAAGAGUUUUAGAGAUUCAAGGAAAUUUGUAAUUUGCGAUAUAAUUAAAAAAUUUCUGACAAGUUGUGCAUAACAAUUAUAAUUUGAACUCUGCGCAUUUUAUUGUUAUUUUGUCAUCUUUUUUAUGUAAUGACCUGUAUCAAGCAGAGGAUAUAAGAACUUUAUCAAACAUUAGCCACCACUUGCUACUCUUGACUGUGUGUUAACCACUAAUGUGUAACAGAAUCAAUUAACUUGGUGUCUACUAUGUGGCAGAUCUAACUAAAGUGGAACAAACUUCAGGCUAUCAGCGAAAAAUAAAACCGACAUUGGAAAGCGCGUGUAAGGUCAAGAAACACAUAUGUACACACAAUUUGAAUUUGGCGGUUUUGCGAACACAAUGAAUGGAACCGAGAACGUAGCCGUUCUUUCCGUUGGCUUAACGGAGAACAAACAUAUUUUUGCCUUACGCCAGCAGGAGAUAAUUUUAGAUUGCAACACCAUUUAAGAGCAUAAGUGAGCAUUAAUUUGUAAAUAUGUAUGCAGAAAUGAGCUGUAGCCAGUAAUAACUUUAAAGAGCGAAUAAACCAGUCAAAUUUGUUCAA